CCGUAGUUAUGAUAAUAUCCCCAAUAAAUAGGAGCACAAAAAAUUGCUUGAAUAAUAAAAAAAAAAAACUCUACCUACUCCACAUAAAUAUAAUUUAAUGAGAAAGAUACCUAAUUAAUUAUAAUGCAAGAGAUUAAAAUAGGUACAUACCUGUCAACAACUUUAUUGAGUUGAUCUGACCAAAGAUCUAUGAGGAUAAGCAACAACACAACAUACUAAUUAUGGAGUUAUGCAGUGAGGUAGCAACAACAAAUGACUAGUUAGUGAAAUAGUUACACUAAGGAGUAUUUUGCCAAGCAAUGUGACACUUAUACUUACCCAGCAUCAGCACAAAUCUUUAAUAACAGAUAUUCUUGUAGGUAUUUCUUUUCCUACAAAUUAUGGUUAUAACGUGCAAUUUCAUCGCUUCCACGUAAGACAUAAAGAUACACUGGGGCUGGUGAACGAGAUUUUGAAGGAUAGGAAUUUACCUAUUUUAUUAGUUCAUGAAAAGAUAUUCUUAACAAUUGUUUACAUUAUUGAGCUAUAAAACGUAUUCGCCAUUUUCACCACGCUCAAAAAAAAAUCGGGCAUCCAAGCUCUUGGCGAUAGAAUUAGUUUGGCAAUCACCCAUUUCAGCUGAUUGCCAAAGUUUAGGGUUAUAAAACGGCGGGCAUUCAAGACAGUAGUGCGCUCCUAAAAAGAUGCAGACCUGGAAAUCCGUAACUGUUAAGUUACGGAUCUGGUUCAGCCCUGACUUAGCAGUUUGAAAAUUUUUAACCAAUAUCCGCAGUUGAUUUCGUAAGAGUAUUGCGUAAUAAGGUCGUGAUCUCUUCUGCUGUCAUCUAGUAUCAGCUGGAACUGUAAAUAAACUAUGGAGAUGCAAACGAAUUUCGAUAUAGUUGAUACAACUACCAUGAGUGAAAAUUGUGAUGAUUUGCCUGUUGUUCCUUUACAGACAUGUUGGACAUUUUGGAUCGACAA